UCCUUUUUUCCAUCCACAGAAAUGUCUUUGAAUCCCUCCCAGCCCAGUUCUGCUCUUAGGUUUUCGCUUGGAUCGAUUACAAAUACGACUUUUUAUGUGUAAACCAUCAAGAGAAACUCGACCUGCAGAGAAGCGUAUUUACAUGGAGCGCAAUACUCAAUUCAUAAAAUAUGUAACGAUGCCAUAUGUACUUUUAACAAACGCGAGCUGUCCGCAAGUAGCUGGGAGAGGCUCCAGCACGCCCACGACCCAAGCGCGGAGACGCCGAGAGGAAAACCGGCAGGUCGAACACUUGGUGCGCGUCCCUGGCAACUGUCAAAUCAAAGCGUCCUGCCUUGUAAAGGCGAAAGUGGCGCCGCCUACGGGCCGAAAGCAGGAGAUCGCCUGGGGUUUGUCCAUUGCGGCAUCGGGACGCGAGCAGCCAACCGGGCGGCAGCCACACUGCAGCAGAAGGCCGCGAGCGGACACACCCAGAAGACAUCCGGAGGACAAAAAGCACGAGCGUCGUCGACGGAAGCUGCGUGGGGACCCCGGGCAGAGGAGCGCCACCUAGACCGCAACGUCACGACGAGAACCCGCAGGUUGUUGACGGCAACGCGGGCGGACGGACGGCGACGACGAACCGAACGACGUGUUUUUGUAAGCAGGUCGCCAAGAGAGUUCUUCCAUCUGAUCCGUGGAGAGCAAUCAUGCAGGAGGUCAGAGUUCAGCCGGCGGGCGGCGUGCACAAAACAAAGCGAGCCGUGUACUCGGUGGAAAUCAAAGUGGAGCGGGACCGGACCACGGGACAAACGCGCGUCCUCUCUUCGCAGACCAAGCUUCCUGUCGACUGCUCUCACGGGGGGGUCAAAGUGUACGAGGACGAGGAGAAAGUGGUCCACGAGGUCAACGGCCAGGACGGCGUCCAUCCGCUCAGCGCCUCCGAGGUGGACGAGCUCAUCCUCAAAGCCGAUCAGGCGGCCGUGACGGCGGGCGUAGAUGAGACGACCGAGUCGCCUUCGGGCCGCAAAAUCACAGCGCCGUACGUGGACGGAGCCGCGGCUCGAUCCCCGGGAGGGGCGGAGUUCACCGGGCCCGAGGCCUCCGCUCGGGAUUGCGGCGCCACCCGGAAGCCGGUCACCGCGGCGCCCGUUGGGUACCGAAACGUGGGGGACCGGGACGGCGCCGGCGAGGACCUGACUCCGCAGGGCGGCGUCGUCCCCACCCCUGAAGGGAACGCGUCAUCGUCGCUUGGGGGGCCCGAGGCUGAGGCGGCAAAGGAACCCGAGGCGGCCGCCGCGCCGAUUUCACAGACCGAGAAGCGCGAGUCAGCAGGGGGCGCUGCCGUGACCACACCCAAGGAGGAAAAAGCCUUGCUCAAAUGUCAUCCAAGCGAUCCCACCUGAGACUUCCCAAGUCAAACAAGGGACACCCGACUGCAAAAUGGAGAAAUAAAAGUAGCCAACGGCAUGUCGGUGACUGUGACACAGUAAGAUCAUCCAUCCAUCCAUCCAUUUUGUGAGCUGCUAAACCUCACGAGGGUCACGGGAGCGCCGAAGCCAGUCCCAGCUAUCUUCUGGCAGGUGGCGGGAUACGCCCUCAACCGGUCGCCAGCCAACCGCAGGCUCCGUAGAAACAAAGCGACCAUUCGCACUCACAUUUACACCUGCUGCCAAUUUAGACUCUACUUACGCUAUCGUACAUGUUUCGGGGAUGUGGGAGGAAAACGGAGUAUCCGGAGAAAAGCCACCCAGGCAGGGGGAGAACACGCAAACUCCACACGGGCGGGGGCGGGAUCUGAACCCCGGUCCUCAGAACUGUGAGGCAGUUCGUCCUCCGCGCCCAAAGUCAUGGCACCCCUGAUAAUUAGCAUUAGCACUUGAUCCAUGUGAUCUGCAACCAAGAAACAAAGUGCAUAUAAAUCAAACACUGUAACAUUGUCAUCAAAUAUCCAUUUUCAAAAAUCUGCACGCGUUACCAUUUGAGUAUGGAACUGACUUCCGGAACAUGAACGCAUCACUUCCUGUUUGUGCUGCGCAGCUGACACACGCGGAGCUGCUGGGACGCUGCCUUGAGUAAAUGUUGAGCAAGUGGCCAGCAAGGGUCCGAGACCAAAACCUGCGUUGAGAGGUUUGCGGUGGAAGAAGCCAACUUAGAAAAACUCCAUUUUUGCUUGUGUUUUGCUAUGGAUCCAUUUGAAUCGUGACUUCAGACCUUUUCUGUACUGCAUUCGGCGGGUGGCACAGCGGUAGACUGCUGAGAGCGUCUGCCUCACAGUCUGAGUCUGACCAGGGUUGAAAGCCCCUUUGUUGCUUUUCUCCGGUUUCCUCACACAUCCCCGAAAUCUGCGUUAAAACUGUCCGCGGGUGUGAUUGCGAUUGCGAGUGCGAGUGUCGUCUGUCUCCGUGUGCCCUGUGAUUGGCUGGUGACCAGCUCAGGGUGUGCCCCGCCUCCUGCCCGAAGAUCGCUGGGAUGGGCCCCGGCAUUCCCGCCACCCUUGUGAGGAUAAGCGGUUCAAAAAAAUGGAUGGACUGUAUUAUUUUUUUUCUGUUUAUUUGCAAAUGUCAAUCCUCAUGAUAUGUAAUUAUCAAAUGUGAAAAAGAAGCCAAUAAAUAAAAGCCAACGUACGUCAGCGGCUCAAUUUUUGGUGGCUUUGGAAGCUUCUUGGAGAUUUGCUCACAGAAAUCUCUGCAGUGUCAAGUUUACAAGAUGGUUUUUGGAUCACUUUACUGGGUCUUUAAAAGACAUCCAUCCAU